GAAAACAUGUACACAAAAUGUAUGAUAUGCAUAUAAAAAAGGUCUCAAAAACAUUAUUUAAACAGCUGCUCUUAAUCUUCUUUCCAUUCACGUUUCUAUACAAUCAUCUACGAUCACAAAGAAUGCUCAAAAGAAACAUGGCGAAGUUCGUAUCGAUCUUACUACUUGCUACGUACAUCUUCUGCUUAAAUGCGAUCGGUGCACUGGCAACACUGUUUUUAUCGCCAACCCAAUAUGAACAAUGGGAAACAGGGAGUAAGGUCCGCAUUCAUCUUAAAGGUGGAAGCGCCUCUUCUGCAGAUCUUCAACUCGUCGAUACAGGAGGUUUCUUUGUCAAAAACCUCGGGUUCCUCGCAAAAGAUUUUGAAUACAAGGAUGAACAAGUUUUCGAGUUUGUUGUUUGGGACGAGCUUCCUUCAGGAAAUACCUACCAGUUGGCAUUUCAUCCAAAACUUGACAGCGGCAAGGCAACAACGGCGUUCUCUCAGCCAUUUAGCAUUGUCAAUAAGAAUGACAAAAUGAAGAUGCUCAACAGCGGAAAAUGGAUGAAGGAUACUUUUUCGUCGCUAGUACUGGUAGUGAAGCCAUGAAAUAUAAAAAUAACUAACGUAAUACACGAAUGUUUCCUUACAAUUUUUGUGUUUUUACAUAUACAUUUACUUUUGGUUUGUUGGAAACAGGCGUUUAUUUGUAUUGAUCUAUUAAUAUUUACUACAAUGAGCAUAUGUAAACAUUGAGUCUGCUAAAUAAAGAUAAAG